GUUUGUGGGGUUGUCCUGGCACACUCCUAAUAUUUCCUAGGUGCACUUUCCACUCGUACGAGAUCGUGUAUUUUUUUUAAUUGCCGUUUGGAAGAGACGAGGAAAUAUAAAGAUAAAUUUGUCGGUGUUAGUGGGAUGGUAUUGAGCAAGUUUACUCAAUAAGGAGUUUGGCGAUCACCUAUGCAUUAUACUCUUCAUCAGUAUGCACCAGUGAAGGAUGACAGGAGGAGGUUCAAUGGUGAGCCCACAGCUUAAGCUUCUUGCCAGAUGGCCAAAGUGGGAGGUGAACUGGUUGGGGGAGAGCUUGGGGUGGUGCUGGAGGAAGCAGGUGUUGGGGUCACAUUUGUAGACUCUCCCUCCCUGGCAUCAACUGGCCUCACUGAAGAUCCACUGAACAGUGAUCUCACUGUGUGCCAGUACAUUCUUCCCAAUGAUGUUGCAGUUGCAGGUUUUGAGGAAGUUGCAGAGGAAGUUGAAUUAGGCUCUCCAUCCUGGGACAACCUUAACAAGUCUUCUUCCUCUUCCUCCUCAUCCUCCCUAAGCCAAGAUUCUGGCAUCGGCACUGAUCCCAGUCCUGAUGUGUUCUUUACCCUCAUAGAGGAGACUGUUGCACCUUCUGGACUUCUUACAUCCUCCCCUAGCCAAGAAGGAGGUGAGGUGAUUGUUGAGAGGAUUUAUGAAAUGAAAGAUGACCUGUGCUUUACUGAGAGUACUCCUGACAUUAAAGAUGAACCUCUAGAAACUGUGGAGGAGGCUGUGGAGUUGGAGAGGGAAGAGCAAGUGAUUGAACAGGAGGAUCCAUGGCCAAAAAAGAUUAAAGGGGAGGUUGUGAGUGAAUAUAACAUUAAUGGGGCAGAACCAAGAAAGAGCACCAGAGUACGUGUAGUAGCUUAUCAUUGUACAGAUUGCAAUAUUAAUUUCACUGAUGAGGCAGAAUUUCGUGCCCAUAUGGAAGCUCAUCUAAUAAAGCUUCAAAAUUCGUGUGCUUUGUGUAGUACUGAAUUCUCCACAAAAUUAGAACUCCAAGAUCACAUCAAAGAACAUUUUACUAAAAAUUCUUCAUACACAUGCAGUAUUUGUGACCAAAAAUUUGUAUCCAAAAGUGGUUUGAAAAGACACAAGAAACAGCUACACAAUCUGGACAGUGUUGUGGUGGUGAAUGCUGCCUCCAUAAAGUGUGGGGUGUGUCAGGCUGUGUUCUCAGACAAGGCAGCUCUGAGGCAGCAUGCUGCCACACAUGCUGCUAGAAAGCCAUUCACAUGUGAGGAGUGUGGUGCCACAUUCACUCAGAAUGGCUCACUACAGGUACAUCUGCGGCGGCACCGAGGUGAGAAGCCCUUCACCUGCCAGUUAUGUGGCAACAGCUUCACCCGAGCACACAGCCUCAAGGUCCAUAUGAAGACACACACUGGGGAAAAACCAUAUGCAUGUGAAUAUUGUGGCGCCUGCUUUGUCACUUCAUCACACCUCACUGUGCAUCGCCGCACCCACACUGGUGAGCGGCCAUACUCCUGUGGUGACUGUGGGGCGACCUUCAUCACUACCUCACACCUCAACGUCCACCGUAGGGUCCACACUGGAGGAGGUACUGUUGCCUCUACUCCAGUCAGCUGCUCCCAGUGCCAGGCCACCUUUAAUGAUGCUGCGCAGCUCCGCCACCACCGCCGCACUCAGCAUGCUCCACAAGUUACCUGUAAAGUCUGCUGUAAGGAAUUUCCGAAUGCUCGACAGCUAAGUAACCACAUGGUUCAUGAGUGUGGCUGAGUUUGGCUUAAUUUAGGGGCAGUGAUAUUAGCAGUGGCAAUGGCACUGCAUCUGUUAAGUUAUGGCAAGAACUGCCAAAUAAACCAGAAGGAUCAAAAAUCUGAUACUGUAAGAAAUGAUACCAGAUAUGUAAGAAAUACCCCUGUUAUGGUAUAGUUCAGAAAUAUGUUUCUGUAGAGAAGGAGAAUCCAGGGGACUGCCAUGAAUAUAAGGCUUGCUGUAAGCCCGUUGAUUGCCUUUGUAAUUAUAUUUUAAGAGGCAGAAAGAUUGCCAAGUAGCCUGUUACAGCCAGGCUGUAGCAGUAGUGAAUACUAGUCGUGGAGUAGUCUCAGGUGGGAUAGACAUUUAUAUUUAUUUUUCAGUGUUGCAUUUCAGUGCCAGUAGAAACCAAAGAAUAUGAAUUGUGCCAUGCAUUUAUUCAAGUAUGAUCUUUAUUUAUUUGCUCUUAAAGUUUAACAGUUCAUAGGUUUUAUGAGUUGUUGACUAUUUAUUUGGUUCACUACCGUGGACCAGUAUGUAUAUAUUAUUAUAAGUUAAUGAUCAAAAACCUGCUGUUAAAAUUUUCUUUGAUUUAUAUCUAGUAGCAACUCUUAAAUAAUUCUGUGUAUAUGCUUUUAAAACUUCAAUUUUAUCAGUAUCAGAAUGCUUUAAUGCUUUAUGCUUACAGAGUUUAAAAUGUCCUAAUUAUGCCCAGUGAAAACAGCCUUGUGCUUUGCCUUUGCCAUCUGUACCUAGCAGUUUCUUCUUAAAUCAAAUAUAUGAAAAUGAGUAUUGCCUACUAUAUUCACCAAUCAGUGUUUAUAUGCCAUAAAAGACAUAUCAUAAUGUUUAUUUAAAGUUUGUAAUUGUGGUACACAAAGCUGUUAAAGAAACAAUCCAUUACUGGGGCUUUUUGCAGUGAAUGAAGGAAUAUUUUAGCAAUGCCUAAUGUUUGGUGAUGCUGACACAUGGCAGAGAUUUGCUGAUUCAGUAAAAAUAAGCUUUUUAGGGCCAUAUUCAUUUGAUAUAUUUUCAGUUAUUUUAUGUUGACUGUGUUUGCUCAAUGAAUUUCUUUAUACUCACACAUCAUCACAGAUUUUAGUAAGUGCCAAAUUUCUGAAUUGUCCUGAGCAUAGAGGGGGGAUGAAGGGAAGGGAAGAGAGUGUAGGAUUGAGGGCCCUGUGGUGGUGGUAUUGGCUGCUCCAUGCUUCAGUUUGGUUAGUUCGUAGGAGAAUCAGAAAUAUGGUAGAAUUAGUGGAAAAAUUGAAAGUAUUGAUUAUAUUCAUAGUUAAAAAUAUGGAGACUGUGUUUAUGUUGGCAGUUAGAAAAGGCAUUCUUUAAGAGAUCCUUUUUUUUGAUAUACUAGUACAACCAGAGAGAGGUUGGCCAAUGUGGAUCUGUACAUUAAGCAGUGUGUGAAUUAGAUUUUCAUCACUGUGUAAGGAAUUUUGAUGUUUCUUGGAUUUUCAUACUGAACAUUUGCAUGUACAUACAGUAAAGUCCUUUUAUCAAAACAGCAAUGGCAAUUAUGAGUUUAAAUGAAAAUAAUGAUGUAUUAUGUGUUAACUUUGGUAUCAACAAUACUGAUGCUUUGUAUUUUUGUUACCAGCAGUCUGACUUGCUCUUUAGUGGUGUAAACAGUAAUGUUUGCUAUAGAAGAUGCAUUGGUACUAGUAUUAGCAUCAAAUAAUUCUUAGGUUUCAUUUUCUGAUAUCUCUCUCUCUCUCUCUCUCUCUCUCUCUCUCUCUCUCUCUCUCUCUCUCUCUCUCUCUCUCUCUCUCUCUCUCUCUCUCUCUCUCUCUCUCUCUCUCUCUCUCUCUCUCUCUCUCUCUCUCUCUCUCUCUCUCUCUCUCUCUCUCUCUCUCUCUCUCUUUUGUGUGUGUGUGUGUGUGUGUGUGUGUGUGUAUUUAUGAUAUGUCUCUGUGUGUGACUCUUUAGAUAUGGAUAUUCUUGUAUGUGCAAGGAAUAUGCGUAUUUUUAUACUUUCUAUGUUUACUUUUGUGAUGCAGGUUGACCAUCGAUACUUGGGCAUUGUUUAUUCUGGAAUCUUGUUCAAUUCACCAUAUUUUCAGCUAGCUAUAUUCUCUCUUUUAAAGCUACCUUGGCCAUGUGAUCAGUUUGCGUGUGCAACUGCAGCAUGGUAGUGCUGUUGAAUUUGCUUCCUUGUCAAAAUUGCUCCUGGAAGACAGCAUUGUACAUUAACACUACAGUGAUAAGAGGGCAUUAAAACAUCUACCAGGCUU